CUACCUGGCAACACUGCCAACGGCGUCUUGACCAGUCACGUGAUCGUCACCAACAACGAAAUCCAAAAAGUCGGCGUAUUCAUUAACAAAGACAAGAUAUAAAACAUCCCUUUGAAGACAGAAUAACUUAGAGUUUGAAGCGUUUGUUGGAGUAUCGGGAUAGGACGGCCAUCUUCACCGAAGUGUUUUUCGUCAACGACCUCUGGCGGAAGUAAAGUCCCUCUUUUUAAUCUUUCAAUAUUUAAGAGCAAGAUGUCAGCCCAGGUGAGACUGAGGCUUCUGCCAAGCGCCAGGUGUUUAUUCGAUGAGCCCAUCCAGCUGAAGGUUGCAGGUCUGAGACCAAAGCAGGAGGUCACCAUGGAGGCCAGCUCAACCGACGAGAAGGGAGUGGUGUUCAGCUCCUCUGCUGCGUACAGGGCUGACGGUAACGGGGAGAUCCAUCUGGACAGAGACGUCUCGCUCGGUGGAAGCUACUAUGGGGUGGAGCCUAUGGGUCUGCUGUGGUCCAUGAAGCCGGUGGUCUCGUUCAAAAGAUUUCAGAAAACAAACGCGCUUAGCCCUCACAUUGUGAACUUCUCUGUGCACGACGGGGGAGCGGAGAAGCGGGGCCGGAUGCUGGCGGAGGUGACGAACGAGCGGCUUCUGAUGGGAGAAGGGAUCAGCCGGGUUCCCGUCAGAGAGGGCAACAUUUGUGGAAUGCUGUUUACUCCCCCAGGCAGAGGGCCGUUCCCUGCCGUACUGGAUCUGUACACAUCAGGUGGAGGUCUGUCGGAGCGGAGAGCCGCCCUGCUGGCCAACCGAGGGUUCUUGGUUCUGACCAUGAGCCUUUACGGCAGCGAAGAGCAGCCCAGGAGUAUCCAAGGGAUACAUUUGGAUUAUUUUGAAGAAGCCAUAGAGUUUUUAAAAAAACAAGAUAAAGUCGGCAGUAAAGGAGUUGGUGUGAUAUCUCUGUCAAAGAGUGGAGACCUUGCUCUGUCAAUAGCCUCUUAUCUGUCUUCUGUGGAUGCUGUCAUUUGGAUCAACGGCUGCUCAGCCAACACAGUAUUACCUCUUUACUAUAAGAACAGACAAAUCCUCCCCCCUUUAUUGUACAACCCAGAGAGACUCAUUCAAACUCAGUCAGGAGCUAUCGUUACAAAGUAUGCCAUGUGUGAUCCUCUAAAAGAGGAGAACAGGACCAGUUUAAUCCCCAUUGAACGGGCCAAGGCACAACUCCUCUUUGUGGCCUCCGAGGACGACCUAAACUGGGACAGCAAAGGUUACAUGAUGGAGAUGGUGGAGAGACUGAAGCAUCAUGGGAAACAAAACUUUGAAAGUGUGUGCUACCUGGGGGCUGGGCACUAUCUCGAGCCCCCUUAUGGGCCGUACUGCCCCUCCAGCUACCAUGCGUAUGCAAAGAAACCGGUGAUGUGGGGGGGUGAACCGAGGUCCCAUGCCGCAGCUGAAGUAGAGCUGUGGAAGAAGAUCCAGGAGUUUUUCAGAACCCAUCUGAGGUGUGACAGUGCAGAGACAAAUAUCAAGUUAUAGAUUCAGACGUGCCAGCUUUCAAAUGCAAAUAGUUAUUUAGGUGAGGUGUAGCGUGAAAGUAGGGGUCAAGUUCAAUGAAGAAUUUGACUUUGUCUCGUAAAGGGGCACCACCUUCCGUAAGGAAGGAACAAUUACUCAAUGAUGAAAGUUUAUCAAUUUCAAAAUUAAUCUCAACACUCCAGGAAGUAAAUUCUCAUCUGAAGGGACCGUAUCACAAAGAAAGAACAAGAUGGACAACGACUGCCUUUUUGAUAUUUAUUAAUAGAUAAGCAUAAAAAUAUAUACAAAAUAAACAAAGAAAAUCAAUGUAGUGUGUGUGUGGGUGUGUAUGAAAGUGUGUGAAAGUCAUGGAAGAGCAAAGUAAUGCCUCAGAACAGUUUAAGAGAAAAAUUGUAAUCUAAAGAAAACAAUUACGUUAAACUGUUCAAGACACUGGUCUGGAUAAAUCAAAUUGGCUGUUAUGACCACAUCAAACCGCAACAGUUUUGCUGAGAGGGUCUCCUCACCACGGUGGCUCGAAGCUGGACUUGGACUGGACUUUCAGACAAAGCUCACCAGACAAAGGUGUUUCUCCUGAGGCCGAUGAGAUGGAUGAAAGCAGCAGCAGCUUUGGCGUAGGGUGUAGGAGAACGGUCGAAGACUCUUCUGGAGCAUUCGACCGGAUGCGGCUGAAGUUCUGGUGGUCAUCUGGGUUUGCACAGCCAAAAGAGUGGAUGGUCAUCGAAAAAGCGUGCUGGAUUUAAAGUUCACUGGAGUUUAGUCUCAAAGCGGAUCGUUCAAUCAGUUUCAAAAAUAAGAAGCACAAAUGGUGAUGAGCUUCAAAAGAGUUAAAAGAAAAAUGCACGACAGUUACCAAAAA